AUGGGCAGGGCGGCGAGGUGGCUGCGUGGCUUCCUGGGCGGCGGCAACAAGAAGGAGCAGAGCAAGGACCCGAAUAAGCCGAUAGCCGCCCCCGUCAGCAAUAACGCCAAGCGGUGGAGCUUCGGCAAGUCGUCGCGGGACUCGGCGGAGGCCGCGGCGGCUGCGGCCGCGACGGCUCAGCAAGGGGGGAACGCGGCGAUCGCCCGGGCGGCGGAGGCGGCGUGGCUGAGGUCGGUGUACGACGAGACGGAGCGCGAGCAGAGCAAGCACGCCAUCGCCGUGGCCGCGGCCACCGCGGCGGCCGCCGACGCGGCCGUGGCCGCCGCCCAUGCCGCCGUCGCCGUCGUGCGCCUCACCAGCAAGCAGGGCCGCGCCACCGCGCCUGUCGAGCACCGUGGCCCCGCCGCCGCGGCCGUCCGGAUCCAGACGGCGUUCCGAGGCUUCCUGGCGAAGAAGGCGUUGCGAGCGCUCAAGGCUCUGGUGAAGCUGCAGGCGCUGGUGCGAGGCUACCUGGUGCGCAAGCAGGCGGCAGCCACGCUGCAGAGCAUGCAAGCACUCGUCCGCGCGCAAGCCGCCAUGCGCGCCCACCGCGCCGGCGCGGCCCUCCCGCAGCUCAACCACUCCUCUUACCGUCCCCGCCGCUCCCUGCAAGAGCGGUACGCGGACGACACGCGGAGCGAGCACGGCGUGGCGGCGUACAGCCGGAGGAGCAUCGAGUCGGCGUCGUCGUACGGGUUCGACCGGAGCCCCAAGAUCGUGGAGAUGGACACCGGAGCCGGAUGCCGCCCCAAGUCCCGGUCCUCCUCCCGCCGGGCCAGCUCCCCGCUGCAGCUCGACCCCUGCGACGAGUACUGGUGCGCCAACAACAGCAGCAACAACCCCAUGUCCUCGCCGCUCCUGCCGCCGGCGCGCAUCGCCGUGGCCGCCCCGACGCCGCGGCACGGCCACUUCCCGGAGUACGACUGGUGCGCCAUGGAGAAGGCCCGCCCGGCCACGGCGCAGAGCACGCCGCGGUACAUGAGCAUCAACUUCAACGCCAACAACAACGCGCCGGCCACGCCGACCAAGAGCGUCUGCGGCGCCGGGGGUUACUUGUAUUCGUCGCUCAACUGCCCGGGCUACAUGUCGAGCACGCAGUCGUUCGAGGCCAAGACGCGGUCGCACAGCGCGCCCAAGCAGCGGCCGGAGCCGCCCCCCGCCAACGGCCGGAGGCAGCGGGUGCCGCUGAGCGAGGUGGUCGUGGUGGAGUCCUCCCGGGCCAGCCUCAGCGGCGCCGUCGGCAUGCAGCGGUCCUGCAACCGGGCGUCCACGACGCAGCAGGAGGCCUUCAACUUCAAGACGGCCGUCGUCGGCCGCCUCGACCACCACCGCUCGUCCGUCGAGAACGACCGGCAAGCGUUCCUGCAGAGGAGGUGGUGAUCCGGAGUUUCUGAAUCCAUCUCCUCUGCUUCAGCUUCUGCUCGACACGGCUGAUCAAAUGGCAGCACGUGAGACGACUGAGAGCUCUGCGCAGUAAUUAGCAAUAAGAAUGCAUGCGUCUUGAUGCGUUCUUGGGAGUUCUCGCGCGUCCUUGCAUUUUUUCUUCUUCUUUGUUCUUGCUUUGAUUUGUGAUCAAUCAUGUCAUUUUUGUUCCUCCAGAUUUAUUUUUUUCCUUCAUGUGUUUCUGGGUGGCAAACGAGUGUGCUGGGAAAUUUUGAUUCCUAGUACACUUGGAUGUAAAUACUUGCUGUAUCCAUGCUCUUCCGUACGUACCGGCUCCUCAUGUUGCUUGCUUGUGCUCUGCGUUACAAGUGAGUUUCUUGUUGGUUGAGAAUUUCAGAACAUUAUUGA